UGAGUUACAAUACUUUUACAAACUAGAGUUGUUAUUGUUGUUGUUUAGUGUUUGUUUGUUUCUUGUUUGUUGUUGUUUAGCAAAGAGUAAUAUAAAUCACCUGGGCCGCCAGCUGAAGAUGAACCAGCACUGCCUGGAGAUGGCCUUCCACUUCUACAAGAUGGCGCUGUGGAAACACCUGACCCGAGGCAGAGAGUCGGCCCACGUCAUCGCCGCCUGCUUCUACUUGGUGUGUAGGAUUGAGAGAACGCCCCGUAUCCUUCAGGGGAGGAGCAACAGAAGGAGAGGAAUAGGGAGAGACAGGGUCAGGAGAGGAAGAGGUGGGGUCGGAAGAGGAAGAGGUGGGUUCAGGAGAGGAAGAGGUGGGGUCCAGAGAGGAAGAGGCGGGGUCAGGAGAGGAAGAGGAAAUGGUGGGGUCGGAAGAGGAAGAGUUGGGGAGCAGGAGAGGAAGAGGUGUGGUCAGGAGAGGAAGAGGAAAUGGUGGGGUCAGGAGAGGAAGAGGUGGGGUCAGGAGAGGAAGAGGAAAUGGUGGGGACAGGAGAGGAAAUGGUGGGGUCAGGAGAGGAAGAGGCGAGACAGGGUCAGACCAUAAAUAUAGGUGGUGAGUAUAUGGAAAAAUAACUGGAUGGUUAGAUUGAUUGAGAGAUAGAAAGAAAAGAAAGGAAGGAAUCAAAGAAAGAGAAAAAGGAAUGAUUCAGUGAAAUAAUGACUCCAACUGAGAAAUUAAUGAAUAAAUAGAUAAACAAUUUAAAGAAACAGAACGAAAACAGAAAGGGGGAAAAGAAUGAAAAUUGGAGAAAGAUAGAAAGAUAGGAACAAUGAUAAACGCAUUCAGACAUUGCUUAUUUGGAAACUCCUGUGUGCGUGUGUGUGCGUGUGUGUGUGUGUGUGCAGUGUUUGUAGCUGGGGGUUCCCAGUCUGAGUGUUAAAUAUAGCUCAGUAGCUCCUUUGGUUCUAAUUAGAGGCAGCGAGUCGCAGAAGCUCAGCAGCUUACGGCUUUCUGAAUGAUACAUUCUGCCUUUGAAGUGAAAUGACUUGAUCGUUAAAGGAGGACUUCAGCGAAAUA